GAUGCAUUGUGGGAUAUUACACCCGGUACAUUGCCAACUAGGGAUAAUUUUCCCUCACCUUAGCGUGGCAAUUUGUGUGUGAAAUUCCCGCGAAAAUCACCUCAAAGACCACAUUUUAUUGAAACACCGAAACCAUUUACUGUAGUUUUGACUACCUGGAAUCAUCUCUUGUUGAAACUUUUCAAAGAAAUCAGGAAAAACCAUGGGAUCUCCACGUUCACCGUUCGACCCAGUCGCAAACGGGUUGGACAAAGAUUUCCAAUUAACCAGAUAUUCGGACCUGAAAGAUUUUGGGGCGAAAGUCCCCCAAGAUGAGCUGCUACAACUCCUUCAAACAGUCAAGGAUCCCGAGGAAGAAAAGACGGCCGAAGAGAUUAUGCUUCAACAGCCAAAUUACGGUAUUGGCAGUGACUGCAGUGUUGUCCCAUUGCAACAUGGAGGACUUUUCCUGGUUGAGACGACUGACUUCUCCUACCCAGUUGUGGAUGACCCAUAUAUUAUGGGCCAAAUUGCAUGUGCCGAUGUGCUGAGUGACCUUUACGCAAUGGGGAUCAUGGAGUGUGAUAACAUGCUGAUGCUGCUGGCUGUGCCUCAGACAUUCAGCGACAAAGAGCGAGAGGUCGUCAUACCACUCAUGAUGCAGGGCUUCAAGGAUAUUGCGACUGUGGCUGGUAGCAAGAUCCGAGGAGGACAAACUGUGCUCAAUCCAUGGUGCACUAUCGGUGGGAUAGCCACUAGUGUGUGUACACUAGACAAGAUUGUAUGCCCCGACAACGCCGUUCCCGGUGACGUCCUAGUUUUGACCAAACCGCUCGGUACCAUGAUCGCAUUGACAGCCAGAAAGUGGCUGACUGUUCCAGACAAGAAGAAGAAGUUGAACGCUCUCCUUACAGCUGAGGAAUUAGAGCGAGGAUACCAAGAGGCCGUCUUCAACAUGUGUAAACUCAACAGUGACGCUGCCAGUAUGAUGGCCACCUACAAUGCUCACGGUGCCACCGAUGUCUCGGGCUUUGGCAUCCUGGGUCACGCCGAGGCGUUAGUCAGGUCUCAGAAGGAGGAGGUUAGCUUUGCCAUUCACAACCUACCCAUCAUUGCCAAGAUGCAGCAUGUCGCUAAAGGAUUCAUCGACUUCAAACUCUUUCAAGGACGCUCCCCGGAAGUAUCAGGGGGUCUUUUGAUCGCAUUCCCAAGAGAACAAGCUGCCAGCUACUGCAAGGAGAUCGACAAAAUGGGCUCCAGUGCCUGGAUUAUCGGAAUCGUGGAAAAGGGCAACCGAACGGCCAAGGUCAUCGACAAACCAAGGGUCAUUGAGGUCACAACGAAAAUCAUGUAGCUCCCCACCGGCAUUCCUCUGGCAUCGAGCAGAUCAAGCCUCAAGAUUGCUGUCUAUGUACAUAGUUGAGAUCGACAUAGGUCGAUUCAUUAAGCCCAGCCGAAGAUACCUUGACCAUUCACAGCCGCGAUUAAUGUCUGACACACGAGGACUAAAAGUGUAGCAUUUGCACAGGUACACAUGACAUGUGUGGCUGGAACUUGCAGUUUGGCAUUGAAGGGGCACACCUGUUGUUGCAAACGUGCGCAGUUGGUAAGGCUUAAUGGGUCGGACUAGUGAUAGGACAAGAUUGUUUAUCAAAAGAUCAUACCGUGUACAGUGGCAAUAAUGGUCAAGUGACCAAAAUUCCAGGGGCCAUUUUGUUGGUCUGCCAAGCUGAAAAUUUGGUUCAACAAAGUUUUGGACUCUGUGCAGAAACAGUAGAGGGCGCUUUGUGACCACUUUUGAAAGCCCAUGUGGGGUGGGCGGGGGGGGGGGGCACAUCACGUGCACAUGGUACGAAGUAUGCAUGACUACAAUACAGUAAAACGCUGCUUUAAUGAGCAUCACUAUAACAAACAUUUUGCUAUAAUAAACAUUCCCUUUGGCUCCCGAAAUAUUAAAGUCUAAUAUAAUGCACAGUCACUGUAACAGACACUUUUAAUGGAGCCCAUCAUGUUCGUUACAGUGGCGUUCUACUGUACUACCCUCUCAAUUUUUUUAAGCUAUUCCGUAUGUAGAAAAGAAACAACUUGUUUUGUGUUCAUCUGCUUGUCCAUAGCAAUCAGACGAGGACAAGAUUUUUAAAUGAAUAGCAACUCUUCAGAGCAAAUCGGGAAACGUUUAAAUUGAUGUGGCGGAAAAUGCUGACAGUCUUAUGCAAAUUGUAAAUUUUAAUCAUUUCGUAUCGAAUCUUUAGCUUUGUUUCUUCACUUUCUUUGGGGUCUUUUUGGGUGUUUUUUCUUUAUAAGGAGGGGGGGGGAUGGAUAAAAGUUUUUCUUAAAUCAAGUUACCACAAGUUAUCUAUAGACAAAUCCGUGCUCAUAAUCACUGUACACUCAUGAGGCUCCCUUCAAUAGAGAAACUAUUGUGCACACUAUUGUACAAAGCAACUGCCUCGUGACAUUAUCUGAACAAUAGUUAGUACAAUGCUUUCGCCAUUGAAGGGGGCCUUCGUGAUAGAAUUGAUAGCGUGCCCGGAUUGGUUUAUAUGUCCCAGUCUUGUCUCGAGUCAUGUGACAAGCUAAAUAUAGAUUAAGGC